CUCGUCAGACGAUAAACGCUGGACGGCCCAUCCAGAGCGAAAACUGUACACUUCCAGUUUUUCCAGGGUUUUCUGUUUUUUUUUUUUUUUUGUGACCAUGCGCCUACACGGGUCAGUGAGUCUAUUGGAAACUGUCCUGUUGGUUCUACUGGCAGGCCGUCAACAAUGUGUCUCAGCUGACAGUGACAGUUUGGUUUCACCAGAGGUCUUGCAGCACAAUGGCACGAUGUAUGCAGCCUGCAAAAUGAAACCCAGCACCUCACUACCUAAGGGUCUGCCCAAAGUGUACGGUCACGUGCUGUUUAAACAGUAUCAUCCUCAUGGAGAUCUCGAAGUCCUUCUCCGGUUGAAUGGCCUCCCGGGAGAGGACGAUCAAGUGCCUAGAGCGGUGCACAUCCAUCAGUAUGGAGACCUGAGCCAGGGGUGUGACUCCACUGGCGGCCACUACAAUCCACUCAAUGUACAUCAUCCCAAUCACCCGGGAGACUUUGGGAACUUUGUGUCCCAGCAAGGAAAAAUCUAUGCACUGAUAGAAUCUGAGGCAACACUGUUCAAAGGGCUGUCUGUGAUUGGAAGAGCAGUGGUGAUCCAUGAAAAGAGAGAUGACUUAGGGCGUGGCGGAGAUGCUGGGAGCCUGCUGCACGGAAAUGCAGGCCGGAGGCUUGCCUGCUGUGUUAUUGGGAUUUCUUCUCCCAGUCUCUGGAAUAGGCACUUUAACAAGCAGCCGAGGAGAAAUUAAUCCUAGUGUGGUGGUAUAUACUGUACAACAACUUACAGAUUUUGCCUUUGUAGUCAGUCAUUCCUUGCAUCCAUUGUAUUCUGUGUCUGAUACCAAGAAAAAUAAGGGACUCAGUCACAUCCCCAACCUCCAAACGUACAACAGUAGCUUAUGAAAUGUAGUGGAAACCUGCCUUAAGAACUGGUCUGGAACAACUUCAACUAUUUUAUUUUAAUAAACAAAUAAAAAUAUUCAAAUUUUUUUAGCCAAACUAUCGGUAUGGUCGGUUGGUCGGUCCACCACUUUGGAUGGACUGCAGUGAAAUUUGGUAUUAAAUUUGGAUUCAUGGUUCCUAGAGGAUGUAUCCUUGAUUUCUGUGAUCCCCUGCUUUUUCUUCUAGUGAAACCAUUAAGUUAGACGCUUUACGUAAAACCUCACUUAAGAAGACAUUCUGCAUUACAUAAUAUAUUCAACUUUACUGUCAGGGCAAUUUGUCUAAGUAUAUCAAAUCCUGAUGGUCAUCGUCUAUCUCAUUUUGGAUUGCAUACUUAAAACACUAUACUUCUAAAACCGGUAAUUGAAAAUACUUUAUUUUUCAGAAAUAAAUACAUUUUUGUACACAUUCAACACUUACAGAAUACACAUAUGGCUCUAUGUAAUUUCUAUCUGCGGGGUUAUUUUUUCUCUUUUAACCACAAAAAACACGGUCAAUACAUCAGUGCUGGUAACGUAGAUGUGGCUUCAGUGUGUUACAGACUAAUACAUUCUGUAAAUAUAUUCUUAAUUAAGAUCUGUUUGUUCAGUCUCAACUGAAAAACUGGCACAUCAUCAAAUAUCUUUUUUGAAAAAACAUCUGUCGAGGAAUAAACGCAUGGAUUAAAAAAGAAAAUGUAGUUAUCUUUAAUUAAUAGUAUACUGGCAUGCAGCAUUUUAUAAAGCUUUUAUAAACCUGUGGUUUCAUACUUAAAAAUAAAAACUUGUGUAAAGAUGUUACGCUUUAAACAAACUGACUAUACCUUCUAGACAGAAUCUGCUAGCAAAAGGACUGAAGGAAAUAAUCUCCCACAAUAUAAAUCUAAUAAUAGGAAAUGAAAGGGUUUGGAAAUAGUCUGUACUAUGUUUGAAGAGAGAAAAUAAAACUGCUUGGCUUAAAUAUUAUUCACAACAGUUGGGUGUCUAUUUGUUGAUAUAGUGAUUGAUAACUUAUGGUAGGUCUAUGUAACAUCAAGGAGGAAGCAUGAACCGAGGUAGAAUGAUAAAGGAAAAUUCACAUUUCAUUUCUAGGCAACACCACCUCUUUCUUUCGAUG